UAUGACCUUAAAUGAGUUUGGUCUAUUUUUCAAAAAAGCAUUAGCGGUUAUUGUGCUUAAAAAUCGAACAUCAAUCUCACAGAAAACAGAACGAUGGAUGGACUGUUUAGAUAAACGGUCUGGAAUAUGGGAUGUUCUCAAUCCAUCAGUGUUAGAGAAAUAGUCGAUUGUGGAGAAAAGCAAAGUUCAGAUCAUGUUGAUCAUGACCAUUCAUUAACUAAAGCAAAUGGUGAGAAAAGAAGCUCUCAACUGUAUAGUUUAGGAGCUGCUCUUCUUAUACAAAAAUGGUACCGGCGUUAUCAAGCACGUCUGGAAGUCAAACGAAGAUGCGCUUGGAUGAUUUAUCAGACAUUAGAGUAUGCAGGCGAACAAAAUCAUGCAAAGCUAUACGAUCUAUUUCAUGAUCUUAUAUCACACGCAUCCAGUGGAGAAACAGCAAACACCGAUGUUAAUUCUGACUGUCCACAUAGUCCAGAUGUAAGAUUUUUAACGAUUCCAGAAACUGACAUUGAUGAACCGUUAGAUUUAAACAUUUGGAAUGGUGAUUGGUUACCAUCAAUACCGUCAAAUUAUCAAGGAAUAAAAUUGUACUUUCCCAUAGAUAUGAAUCAAGUUGCCAUGAUGAUGGAAUCAUUUGUUAAUGGAUAUCAACUUCACGCAAGAUAUGUAUUUCAAAUUUUAUGCGAAUCCAGACAAUGUAUCAUGUCACGUCCAAAUAUUCAAAUGGCAUCAACAUCAAUAUCUCGACAUAUUACCGUUGUUGGUGAUCUACAUGGGCAAUAUAGUGAUCUUCAAAUUAUUUUAUAUAAAAACGGGAUGCCAGAUGUAACGAAUCCUUACGUAUUCAAUGGGGAUUUUGUUGAUAGAGGUAGAAAAUCUGUAGAAACUUUAUUAACUAUCUUAUGUUUAAUGCUGGUUCGACCAACUUCAGUAUUUAUAAAUAGAGGCAACCAUGAAGAUCUUUAUGUAAACUGUCAAUAUGGAUUUAUAAAGGAAAUUCAAAAGAAGUAUAAAUCUUCAGCUGGUAUGCUAGUGAAAUGUUUUGCAGAAUUUUAUCGUUAUCUUCCGGUGGCCACAUUAAUUGACGAUAAAAUUUUUGUCUGUCAUGGUGGUAUAUCAGAUGAAACUGAUUUGAACACAUUAGGAGAUUUAAACAGAUUCUCGUACCUUACACUUUUAAAGCCAGUGGAUCAAUUAAUCUCAAACAGUGAUAGUAAAAAACAGUAUCAAGACUUACUUUGGAGUGAUCCACAAACACAAUCAGGAUUAUUAAUGAAUGAAAGGCGUGGUUUAGGGUGUUCAUUUGGUCCGGAUAUUACAAACUUAUUUUUGAAUAAACAUAAUUUAAGCCUACUUAUUCGUUCACAUGAAUGUAAACCUGAAGGAUUUGAAUGGUCACAUAAUAAACAAUUAUUAACUAUAUUCUCAGCAUCAAACUAUUAUACAGAUGGUUCAAAUCGUGGCGCCAUUGCUAGAAUUUCUGUUGAUGGUUCUAUACAAAUAAUACAAUAUGUAACUGGUGGACAGAAAAAAUUCAAAACACUAAGACAAAAAGUUAGUUGGGCUGAAGAAUCAGCAUUGACGGAUUUAAAAAACAAAAUCGGUGCUUAUUCAAUAGAAUUGAAAAGAGAAUUUCAAUCACUUGAUCCUACAAAUACUGGCAGAAUUUCUAAAUUAGAAUGGUGUAAAGCAAUGGAAAAAGUGUUAGAUUUAAAGUUACCAUGGAGUACACUUCAACCACGUUUAGUUGUUACAUCUAAAAUACCAAAUCAAGUAGAAUAUUUAACAACAUUUCAAAAACUUACUACUUAUAAUACCCCAUCAAAGGUGCCACCUUCAGUCACUGAAGAAAUGUAUAAAUUUCGUGAUGUACUUGAGGGAAUCUUUAGAGCAAUGGAUAAAGAUAAUUCAGGUCGAAUCUCAUUAAAUGAAUUUAAACAAGCUUGUUUACGUUUACCUAAAUGGACAAAAAUCGAUGAACAAAUAGUAAUGGAUAUGGCACGUUCAAUUGAUAUUAAUAAAGAUGGUUUAAUUGAUUUCAAUGAAUUUCUAGAAACAUUUAGAUUAGUUGAAUCCGAUCAUGAUCAUUAUGAAUCAAUAACUGAUCAACAAAUAGAUGAAUGAAAUCACUGAAUUUUUUUUUAUUUUUUAAAAAGAAGAAGGAAAAAAACGUUUCUUUAUUAAACUAUUGAAUUAGAUUGAUGCAACCAUUUCUGUUUAUUAUUUUUGAUCUAACCAAAAUAAACAAAGUGUAUCUAUGUUCCGUUGGAUUCUUAUCCUUCAAUUAAAUUCCAUUUUUUCCAGAAAAUAUGUUAUUUCUUACUUUAAAAAAAAUAUUAUAAAAGGCGGAAUACUCUAUUUUAGAAAGUCACUAUUAAUCUGUAUAUGAAUUCAUUAUUAUUUUAUGAGACUUGCUAAUGAUUCAAUUAGAAACUAUGACAAAUCGUCAAUUGUUUAAAUUCACUAUUCAUUUAUUUAUGAUUACAUGAUUUGCAUAAUUUAAAAUAAACAAGAGCUUUUAACACUUUAAAAUGUAUAUUAUUCAACGCUUAGCGUUUUUUUUUAUACAUUUUUGUGUGUAUACAAUUAACCACACCCAGUUGGUAACAAAAAGGAAAUAUUCACUGCAACCUCGCCUACCUUUCUUCUUCUUCUUCUUCUUCUUCUUCUUCUUCUUCUUCGUCUUCUCACGACUUUUUUUUUCAUUGUAUUCUGUCUUUUUUAAGUGUACUUUUUUUUAUAUAACCAAGUUUAUGUUAUGGAUAGUGAAUCGAUUUGGUCGAUUGAUUUUAAAUACCAUUAUUUUGUAAAUAAAAUUGUCUCUGAAUCUCUUCUCC